AACUAACAACACACACACACACACAUACACACUCACAACUUGGCCGAUAACACUCACACUGCCUUGACGUCAGGAGUUGCGCCUCGCGUCAAUUUCAGGCACACACUAUAAUGGACAUGCUGUAGCCCUGUGGACGGGCUCUUUGGGACCAGCUUGGAUUCAAAGGUUCCUGUCACCCUCCAGCCGAGGCCAUGGACUUCUUUGAUGACCCCAACCUCUUUGUUGGAGGGUUGGAUGGGCUGGACGAGGAUGGCUUCUCUGCAGCCCCGUCGCUUGUGGAUGAGCUGAACCUCAGCGCUGACUUCGAACCCCUCCAAGUGGAGCCGCUUGGCCCGGGGAAGCAGCAAGACUUGAUGCCACCGGUUUCUGCUCAACAAGCCAUGCCCAGUUACAGUCAACCAAUGAGUCAUUACAUUGGCAUGAAGGCACAGAAUCCCAUGGGGCAGGUAUUUUCUGGUUCUCCUAGCACAGGUGGCGGCAUGAUUGCAGAGCAACAUGGCCAAUACCACAGUGCCACCAUGAGCCAAGUGCCUCAGUCCAACGGGCUGUUCUGUAACAGCAGUAGCCCGAUGUGGGGCAACCAUGACCAAAAUGGGGCUAUGUACCACCCUCUUUCUCAGCAGCAGCGACAGCUUUGCCAUCAGCAGCCACAACUGCACAACCAGCAACUCCAUGUCCAGCCGCAACAAGCACAGCAGCAACACCACCACCCAUGUCACCGUCAGCAGCAAGAGCAGCAGCGCAGAAUGCGACAGCAGCAGCUGCAACAACAGCAAAGCCAUCAGCAACAGCUGUUGAACCAGCACCAACAAAUUAGCACGCAGGCUGUGUCCCUGCAGCAGCAUCAGCAGCAGCAUCACAAUUUCUCCUUUCACCAGAGAGGUCAGCUCAACAACCGGCAACAAGUCCUCCACGCUCAGCCGCAGGUUCAUCACCAUGCACAGUUCCACUCGAGGCCUCUCCUCAACAAGUCUUAUUUGGACAGUCAAAAUGCUUCUCUGACUGGGACUUGCUUACAGACACAGCAGCAACAGUCCAACUACCAGUUGCUCAGGGGAGGUCAGGCCUUCUCUGGUUCACGACCAGAAGACCCUAACUUGCCUUUUCCCAUGCAGUCGUCGUCCAUGGUUCACGCCCUGCCUCCCUGCUCUGUCAGUUCCACCAACGCUUACCAACCGGCUCAAUACCCUGCCUACCCUGGAGAGCCAGAAAUACCCAGCCUGAGUCAGCAAUCUUUGUCCUCAGCCUCUGUGUGUAGACCCACCACCACCACUGCAGCACUCGCUUCCACAGUGCCUGAGCUAUCAGGCACAGCAUGUCAGUUUUCAUCCACAGCACUUAUGAGUCAGCAGCACACUAGGGCCCCUGUCAGCCAGACAGAGGAAUGUCCUUUCCGAGCCUUGCGCUGUUCUGGAGCCACACAGGGAAACUGCAAGUCAUCUGAGAUGUUUAGUGACUCUAUGGGGUGCUACCCCACGAUUGCCAGCCACCUGCCUUCUGAGCAGCCUCAGAGCUGCAGGGUAAUCAACACUAAUGGAUACCAAGGUUUGGGAGAUGGUCUCCUGCCAUCAGAGGCUCACGAUGGAGACUUGGACAGCCUGGAGCCUCCUGACCUCUUACCUGAUUUACUACCCCAGCUGGAGGAUGCCUUGAGGCAACAGGAGGAAUCCAGCUGCUCCUGGGUGGACUCCAGCCAGGAGAAAGCACAGGAGUACAAGAAAUUACCACCCAUUGAGUACAAGGAACAAAAGCCUCGAAAGAACGCUAAUGGUCCUUCAAACAGGUGCGGGUUCUCAGCCCCCGAUGAAGACCAGUUCGUCGUCCUCCUCCUCUUCCUCCUCGUCCUCAUCCUCAUCCAGCCCGUCGGAGAAGAAAGCGUCGCGCGAGGACGCACUAGCAGAUGGAGUCAAUCCAACAGGACAAGCAGGCGAAAGCCAAUCGGAUAAUCGGAGGCGAUCGCCAAGGCCCGACAGCGAGGGGAGAAGAACAUCCUCGAGUGAUGAAGUCGGAGAGUUUCCCCAGCUCGUCGUCACAGUACAAGUCCAACCGUGACCGCGAGCACAACGGAACGGCAAGGCUCGGGCCAAAGAGAAGAAGGCCUGUAGGAAAGCCUGCAUCGUCCCCUCCUCCAAGCCCAAAGCAGAAGGCCAAGAUCGGGAAAAUUGUCAUCAAGAUUGGAAAGAAGAAAAAACGAAAGCCAGAGUCUUCAGAGGAGGAGUCGGAUGAUGAUCCUCCUCCUCGACACGCCUCCAAGGGCGACGACUCCAAGAGGCGGUCCAAUCGCCAGGUGAAGAGGAAGAAGUACGCCGAAGAGCUGGAGGCCAGGCUGUCGGAUGAGGAAGUCAAGGUUAUUGUCAAAGCCAAGAAAAGCAACACUGCGGCGUCCAAGGAACCUGCUCUUCAGCUGUUUGUAGAGAAUCCCAGUGAAGAGGACGCUGCAGUUGUUGACAAAAUCAUGUCUUCUCGUGUGGUUAAGAAGGAGGUCUCUCCUGGAGUGGUGGUGGAAGUGGAGGAAUUUUUCGUAAAAUACAAAAACUACUCCUACCUACACUGUGAGUGGGCCACAGAGCAGCAGCUGGAGAAAGACAAGAGGAUUCAGCAGAAGAUCAAACGCUUCAAGAUGAAGCAGGCACAGAGGGCGCUCUUCUUCGCAGAUAUGGAGGAGGACCCGUUUAACCCUGACUAUGUGGAGGUAGACCGAGUGCUGGAGGUGUCGUAUUGUGAGGACAAAGACACCGGCGAGGAAGUGGUGUACUACCUGGUGAAGUGGUGCUCUCUGCCGUACGAGGACAGCACCUGGGAGCUGAAGGACGACGUCGAUCAGAGCAAGAUUGAGGAGUUUGAGCAGCUGCAGGCAGUCAAGCCAGACUCUCGCCGGGUGGAGCGGCCUCCCGCCAACUUGUGGAAGAAGAGGGAACAUUCGAGGGAAUACAGGAACGGCAACAGCCUCAGGGAUUACCAGCUCGAGGGAGUCAACUGGCUCCUCUUCAACUGGUACAACAGACGGAACUGCAUCCUGGCAGACGAGAUGGGCUUGGGAAAGACGAUCCAGUCCAUCACGUUCCUGGAGGAGAUCCACCGUGUCGGCAUCAAGGCGCCCUUCCUCAUCAUCGCCCCGCUCUCCACCAUCGCCAACUGGGAGCGCGAAUUUCACACUUGGACCCACCUCAAUGUUAUCGUCUACCACGGAAGCAUGGUCAGCCGGCAGAUGCUCCAGCAGUACGAGAUGUAUUUCAGGGACGCGCAGGGCCGUGUGAUACGAGGCGCCUACAGGUUCCAGGCUGUUAUCACCACGUUUGAGAUGAUCCUGGGAGGCUGCCCCGAACUCAACGCCAUCGAGUGGCGGUGUGUCAUCAUCGACGAGGCCCAUCGCCUCAAGAACAAGAACUGCAAGCUGCUAGAGGGCUUCAAGCUCAUGAACCUGGAACACAAGGUCCUGCUGACGGGCACGCCGCUCCAGAACACAGUUGAAGAGCUCUUCAGCCUGCUCCAUUUCCUGGAGCCGGCACGCUUCCCCUCUGAGAACACCUUCAUGCAGGAGUUUGGAGACCUCAAGACUGAAGAGCAGGUCCAGAAGCUCCAGGCCAUCCUGAAGCCCAUGAUGCUGCGUCGUUUGAAGGAAGACGUGGAGAAGAAGUUGGCCCCGAAAGAGGAAACCAUCAUCGAGGUUGAGCUCACCAACAUCCAGAAGAAGUACUACCGAGCCAUCCUCGAGAAGAACUUCUCUUUCCUGGCCAAAGGAGCGGGCCAGGCCAACAUGCCCAACCUGGUCAACACCAUGAUGGAGCUGCGAAAGUGCUGCAACCACCCCUACCUCAUCAAAGGGGCAGAAGAGAAGAUCCUAGAAGACUUCAGGGAAGUGCACAGCCCCACUGCCAUCGACUUCCACCUGCAGGCUAUGGUGCAGUCAGCCGGGAAGCUGGUCCUCAUCGACAAACUGCUGCCGAAGAUGAAGGCAGGAGGGCACAAAGUUCUCAUCUUUUCCCAAAUGGUGCGCUGCCUGGAUAUCCUGGAAGACUACCUCAUUCAGCGAAGGUACUUGUACGAACGCAUUGAUGGACGCGUCCGCGGUAACCUGCGACAGGCCGCCAUCGACCGCUUCAGCAAGCCCGACUCGGACCGCUUUGUUUUCCUCCUGUGCACGAGAGCCGGCGGUCUGGGAAUCAACCUGACGGCAGCAGACACCUGCAUCAUCUUUGACUCUGACUGGAAUCCGCAGAACGACCUGCAGGCCCAGGCUCGCUGCCACCGGAUCGGUCAGAACAAGGCGGUGAAGGUGUACCGUCUGAUCACCAGGAACUCCUACGAGCGGGAGAUGUUCGACCGCGCCAGCCUCAAGCUGGGCCUGGACAAGGCUGUGCUGCAGAGCAUGAGCGGCCGAGAUAACAGCCUGGGAGGAAGCACCGGCGGAGGGGCUGUGCAGCAGCAGCUGUCGAAGAAGGAGAUAGAGGACCUGCUGCGGCGCGGCGCUUACGGCGCCAUCAUGGACGAAGAGGAUGAAGGAGCCAAAUUCUGCGAGGAGGAUAUCGACCAGAUCCUCCAGCGCAGGACGAAGACCAUCACCAUCGAGUCCGAGGGACGGGGGUCCACGUUUGCAAAGGCCAGUUUUGUAGCAUCCGGAAACCGGACAGACAUCUCUCUGGACGACCCGAACUUCUGGGACAAGUGGGCCAAAAAGGCCGACAUUGAUAUGGAUAUGGUCAAUGGCAGAAACAGCCUGGUGAUCGACACUCCUCGUGUCAGGAAGCAGACGAGGCCGUUCAGCGCCACCAAGGACGAGCUGGCAGAGCUCUCUGAGGGCGAGAGCGACAGCGACGAAACCAAACCGAAGCUCAGACGAAACCACGAUCGCCUCAACAGCUACGGCCGCACCGAGUGCUUCAGGGUGGAGAAGAACCUGCUUGUAUACGGAUGGGGUCGCUGGAAAGAUAUUCUGAACCACGGCCGCUUCAAGAAGCAGCUGACCGAGCGAGAUGUGGAGUCCAUCUGCAGGGCGCUGCUGGCGUACUGCCUGGUCCACUACCGCGGAGACGACAAAAUCAAGAGCUUCAUGUGGGACCUCAUCGCCCCCACUGAGGACGGACAGACGAAGGAGCUGCAGAACCACCUCGGCUUGUCUGCCCCUGUCCCUCGGGGAAGAAAGGGGAAGAAGAUGAAGACCCAGUCCAGCUCUUUUGACAUCCAUAAAGCGGAGUGGCUGAGGAAGCACAACCCGGAGCACAUGCUUCAGGACGAUGGCUACAAGAAGCAUCUCAAACACCACUGCAACAAGGUGCUGCUCAGGGUCAGAAUGCUCUACUACCUGAAACAGGAGGUGAUCGGAAGCCAGGCCCAGCAGGUGCUCGACGGCGCGGAUUCCAGCGAGAUCAAAAUCUGGGUGCCGGAGCCGGAUCAUUCGGAGCUGCCAGCCUUGUGGUGGGACGCCAUCGCCGACAAGUGUCUGCUGCUGGGAAUCUAUAAGCACGGUUAUGAGAAGUACAACACUAUUCGUGCAGACCCCACUCUGUGCUUCCUAGAGCGCGCCGGGCGACCAGAUGAAAAAGCCAUCGCCGCCGAGCAGAGAAGCAAUGAUUUCAUGGACGGGGAUGUGGAUGAUCCAGAAUACAAGCCCGCUCCUGCACUGUUAAAGGACGAGAUGGAGGAUGACGCCUCUUCCCCCGGAGACUUGGUUGUCACCGACAGCGCUGGAGAUGCAGUCCCAGCGGCAGAGGGUGAGACCGGCUACUGGCCGUCCCCCUCCGUGUUGACGGCCAGGCUACGGCGUCUGAUCACCGCCUCGCAACGCUACACCAAGAGCCGGCAGAUCCUGCACAUCCAUCAGACUCAGUCUCAGUCCCAGCAGGCCAUGAUACUGUCUGCUCCGCUCUGCCCGCUGCCCCCAACCCUCAACGACACCCUCAACCCCAAGAUGGCCGCCAAGAUUGAACGCCAACAAAGGUGGACCAGGCGAGAAGAAGCUGACUUCUACCGCGUUGUCUCCACUUUUGGCGUCGUCUUCGACCCCAACCUCGGCCGGUUCGACUGGACGAAGUUCCGGGCCAUGGCUCGGCUGCACAAGAAGACUGACGAGAGCCUGCAGAAGUACCUGUGUGCUUUCACCGCCAUGUGCCGACGGGUGUGCCGCCUGCCACCCAAAGAGGGAGACUCGGCUGUGGACCCGUCUCUCAACAUCCAGCCCAUCACGGAGGAGCGAGCCUCGCGCACCCUCUACAGAGUGGAGCUGCUCCGCCAGGUGAGGGAGCAGGUCCUCCGGCACGCGCUGCUCUAUGAGCGCCUGGCGCUGUGCCAGAUGAGCUCCGACCUGCCCGUGUGGUGGGAGGUCGCCACCCACGACCGUGACCUGCUGAUCGGCGCCGCGAAGCACGGCGUCAGCCGCACCGAUUACCACAUUCUGAGGGACCCCGAGCUCAGCUUCAUGGCCGCCCAGCGCAACUACAGCCAAACGAAAGCCGCGCAGCAGCAGCAGCAGCAGCAGCAGCAGCAGCAGUCACGCACGUCCACGCCGCUCCUGCACCCCCAGUACCAGGCCGCCAGCUCCGUGCUGACCGGGUCUCCGCUGCCCCCGCCCGCCCAGAGAGACACAGAUCCGUCUGGGUUGGUUCCCAAAGUGGAGCCGGCCUCAGAGGGGGAGGAGGGCAAGGAGAGGCAGGCAGAGAGCUGGAGCCCCGCCGAGGCGCCGGCCACGCCCACCGGCCUGGAGGAGAAGCCCGUCCCCGUGCCGAUGGACACCGAGCAGCAGAUGGCGGCAGCGCGAACCAAACCCCUCACGCCCAACUCCUCCGAGAGGAAACCCAAGAAGUCCAGCAAGAGGGGCCGCCGCGAGAACCGGCACGGCUCCGAGUCCGACUCGGACGGCUCCUCCUCCAGCUCCUCGUCACGCUCCUCUUCCUCCUCGUCCUCGUCCUCCUCUUCCUCGUCACAUUCCGGGUCCAGCUCCUCCUCCUCCUCCUCGUCUUGCUCCUCUGGUUCGUCAUCGUCCUCCUCAUCUUCAUCAUCCUCGUCUGAUGACAGCGACAGCGAAGGUGAAGACAGAAAGAAGAAAGUGCCUGCAGCGAGUGUGAAGGGUUUCGACGAGGACAGCGUGGCGUCUCUGAGCACGACACAGGAUGAAACACUAGACACCCACGUGACUGAGAACGGCAUCGCCAGCAACUCUUCUCAGCCCUUCCAGGGAGGAGGAUACAUGCUGGCUGCGUCCUAUUGGCCAAAGGAUCGCGUGAUUAUCAACCGCCUGGACAGCAUCUGCCAGGCAGUGCUGAAGGGCAAGUGGCCGGGAACCCGCCGUGUGUACGAGCCCGGAGGCGCUGUGGCCUCCUUCUAUACCACAAAGCUGCUGGACAACGCCAACAGCCUGUGCGAGGACCCCUCCGCGUCGCCACAGGGGUCAAAGGUGACCAAGCAUGUUGCAGAAAACAAGGAGUUCUCAGUAAAGCUCAACGAUCAGGAGGGAGGUCUGAAGUUGACCUUCCAGAAGCAGGGUCUACCUGUGAAGAGGCCCCUGGAGUCCGAGGACGGCCCCCAGGCCCAGCAGCAGUACCUGGCCCGGCUCCACGAGCUGCAGAGCGCGUCAGACACCAGCCUGACCGACAUUACCAAACCUCAGUGCAGCUUCCAGAGCGCUCCUCCAGGUCUGCCUGGUCAGAUGAGACUAAACGGAGUCCUGGACGGCCAGCCCGUGGUCAAGAGGCGGAGGGGGAGGAGGAAGAACGUGGAGGGAAUGGACCUGCUCUUCAUGAACAGGACUCGAGUUCCUGCUGUUCCCGAUCAGGCACCUCCAGGGUGGGGUGGGAUCGGCCAGGUGGGCAUGGCUGUUUCCGCCGCACCGGGUUUCAGUCAGGUCCCGGCCGACACGGAGAGCAGGGUCCCCGUCAUCAACCUCAAAGACGGCACCCGACUCGCUGGAGACGACGCCCCCCAGAGGAAAGACCUGGAACAGUGGCUGAAGGAGCACCCCGGCUUUGUAGCAGACACAGGAGCCUUCAUCCCAGGGGUGAAUAAGAUGCAGCUGCAGUUCCACUUCCAGGACGGACGGCCCAAGCAGAAAAGACACCGCUGCAGGAACCCCAACAAGAUCGACGUGAACAGCCUGACCGGAGAGGAGCGAGUCCAGAUCAUCAACAGGAGGAACGCACGCAAGGUUGGUGGAGCGUUUGCGCCUCCUCUGAAGGAUCUGUGCCGGUUCCUGCAGGAGAACCCAGAGUACGGAGUCCCGCCUGAGUGGGCCGAUGUGGUGAAGCAGUCGGGUUACCUCCCAGAGAGCAUGUUUGACAGGAUCCUGACGGGACCCAUCGUUCCCGAGGAGGUGAGCCGGCGUGGACGACGACCCAAGAACCCUCUGGCCAAAGCGGCGGCGGCUGCAGCGGCGGCGGCGGCGGCCCCCAACCCCGCGGCCUCCGCCCUGGGAUUGAACCCCCUGCUCACCAACGGCCUGAUGUCCGGGAUGGACCUGAGCAGCCUGCAGGCCUUCCAGCAGAACCUGCAGAGCCUGCAGUCCCUGCAGCUCACCGCCGGCCUGAUGGGGCUGCCCUCCGACGCCGGCAACCUGGCCGCAAGCAACCUGGCCGCCAUGUUUCCCAUGAUGCUCUCCGGUAUGGCCGGGUUGCCCAACCUGCUCGGCAUGAGCGGCUUGCUGGGGAAGCCGGCUCAGGAAGGCGCGGGGGGGAGCUCCGAGGAGAAGACGAAAGGAGGCGGCGGCGGCGGCGGGACGGCAGAGCCGCCCCCCUCCAAAGCCCCCCCACACACCUCAGACAACACAGGAGAAAGGACAGAGGCCUCGGACACCACUCCCCCCUCCGUCUCCUGCUCCGAGUCCUCCGCCACCGCCACACAAAGUGCUUCAGCUGCGCCUGCAGCCUCCAGUCCGCCGCUCUCUCUGAACCCCUUGUUACUCUCCAGUAUGAUCUACCCAGGGAUGCUUCUCACUCCAGGCCUUAACCUUCCUGCGUCUGCCGCACAGCCGCAGACCUCCAACACUGACUCCACGCUCCCGCCUGCUGCUGCUGCUGCUGCUCCUCCUCCUCCUCCUCCCCCUCCUGCAGCCUCGCCGUCACCGACAGAGCGGCCACGGCCUCGGAAGGACGGAGAAGAGGAGGAAGAGGACGAUGAGGAGGAGGAGGAGGACGAGGCGUUGAACGAGGCUUUGGAGGAAGAAGAGGAGGAGGAGGAGGAGGAGGAAUCCACAGAACAAAAAGAGAACAGUGGUCCCGAUUGUUCAGGGAAAGCAGAGUCGUCUUCAUCAGAGUCUGGGAGCUCUUCCUCAUCCUCAGACGAUUCAGACUCCAGUGAUGAGGACUGAUCCCACAAAAUAUAUAAUUAUAAAUUUAUUUAUGUAUCGCCUAGAAAUGUAUACAUAUAUUCACAUAUAUAUGGAUUUUACAGCACUUACGUUGCGAUUUCUCUACGUGUAAAUACAAGAACUAACUACAAUGUUGUGUAAUAAAGAGUAGAAAAAUCUAAAAAAAAAAAAAAAACUCACCAAAAAAAACAGUAAAAAGUGACUUAAAAGGAACUGAAAUAAAACAUCAGUGUUUGUUCACAAGGUACAGUCUUGUUUUGAGACAUUUUGCAUGUCAGACUUUAGUAGAUUUCUGAACUCUGUGAACUUGUACCACACAGUUAUGUACAAUUGCAACAAAAAAAGGCAUUAUUGUAAUUAUGUCAGGAUUAAUUUUAUUAAAAAAAAAGUGAAACUACAUCAACACGCUCGUUGAGCUGUACUAUUAAUAUAUUUUGAUUGUUGAAGGGCACGGGGGGGGGGCGCUCGACAAACACUUUGGUUUCUCUUGUAAAUACUUUUACAGGUUGGUUGACACUUUUGCUUUGCCGAUCAUACAUUGGAUAUGUCAGCAAUAACUUGGGCAGCUAAUGAAUGUCACUGAAGCUGUAGAUUCUCUCGUCUGCCAUUGUUCCACCCCAGUGCACAACUCCCGCCGCGACCCUCGCCAACCUGUCGGCCCCCCUCGCACGCCGCCAAACACCUCCCCCAUCCGUGGCUUUUUGUUUGGACACACACUCACCUGAGGUUCCCCCUGCAUUCGGAAAUAUGUGCAAAUACUGUUUUCCAGUCACGAACAAGCUUAAAAACCUCGCUUUUUAUUUAUUUAUUGUCACAAAUGUUUUUUACAGUCCUCACAGUCACCUUGCAGACAUGUCACAACACGUUCCAGGCGCACUUUAGCUCCCCACAGUAAACGAGCACGUCUGUCGACUGUUUU